CGUUAAAUGUUGGACAAAUAAGUGGAGUAAUAUAAUUUUAAGAUAAGAAGGAUAAAAGUUAAAAUCAUUAGAUAUCAUUUCUGAGGAUGGAAGAUUUGAUAAAAUAAUGCAUUAACCGUUCAUCUACGUUAACACACAGCCUAUAAAACUGCAGUAAUCAAAACCGAUCAAUAAGAAAAACAUUGGACUUUAAUUUCUGAGGAUGCGAGGAUUAGAUAAAUGUAUUAACCCUUCAUAUACAUGUAAAAUUAUGCAGUAAUGAAAACGGAUCAAUGGGUGGCGGUACAGUAUUGCAAUAUCAGAGUUUGUAAACCGCCGUCGUAAACCUGGAAGAAAAGGAACCACGAAGAAGAAGCGUGACCUUCCACCCACACAAGGAAAAAAAAAUGUCUACCGCAUUUCAAAGCGUGUUAAGGGGAGUCUUUCGCAUCUCGCCGUCAAUUGUAUUUCCACUGCGACAAUGCCAGGGGACAUCUGUAAGAACUUGUCCAGGUCUUCAGCCAUUGGCCCCUCAAAGCCACUCUUUUUGCCAAGUCGUGACACUUCAGGAUGGGGCUGCGACUAAGGCUACCGAGGCACUCUCUCGCUACAAAGAAAGGCCAUGGGUUUAUCUGGAGAGUGAAGAGUACAUGGAGCGGUAUGGAGCCAGUCCAGUGUGGGCAGGUUACAGGAGGAACCACAAAGGUGGCAUUCCCCCACAGAAGACUCGCAAGACCUGCAUCAGAGGAGACAAGAUAUGUGGAAACCCCUGUCCAAUAUGCCGAGAUUCAAACAUUAUUAUUCAUUAUCAGAAUGUGAAGCUAUUGCGGCAGUUCAUCAGCCCCCAUACUGGUAUGGUGUAUGAUCCUACUCGAACUGGUGUAUGCAUGAAACAGCAAAAGAAGCUGAGUAAAGCUAUCAACGCGGCUCAAGAUCAUGGCUUUCUUCCUUUCCAGAUUCCCUAUGUCGACUUCGCAGGUGAAAAUUACUCCAAUUGCCAUGACGCUGUGGGUAUCACACCACCCGCCCCUUCUUUAAAGUCUGGUGAUGAAUGGUAUGAAUGGUACGGUGAAAUCACUCCAGAUGAGAACGAAGUAGCUAAAGUCAGGAAGACUUAUAAGGCUUAUCUAAAGCCAGGCAUGUGAUGACACCAUUUCUAGACUUUUUUUUUGUGUAUAUAGUCAAUUAAGUCACCAGGUGUCUUACAUUAUAUCGUGUACAUGAAUAUGAACAAAUAAAACAAUUGUGGAAAAUG